AUGGCUGGAAAUCAAGAGAAAGCUGCUCGAGAUUUGAAUCAGGUUAGUUGUACCAUGAAAAUGCUCAAGAACAACCCAGUUUUCCAGAACUUUCGUCAAAAAUCAGCGAAUUCAACACCGCGCUGUAAAAAGUUCAAGAAGAUUAAUUAUAAUGAAAGAGACAAUGCUGAAAAUGCUGUAAGAUCUCCAAAAUAUGGAAAGCAAACGAUUUUCACGACCGUAACUUUGACGUGGGAUGGAACAUCGUCCAAGCAAAGUGAGGUGAUUCGAAACCCUGUUAUGAAGGAAUCUGUUGCGCCAGGAGAAGUUCGAGAGCUUGAAAAAAGCGAUAAUGCAGCUAAAGCUGAAAUUCUAUCAACAAAAUCUGAAGAUUCGAAUUGUGAACCAGAAGAAGGGGAAAUUGAUGAUAGUGCAUCAGAAGAUGCACAACAUUUGAAAUCUCCAGCGAAAGUUUCUCCAACUUCCCCUCAAAUUAAACUUGAAAACUUGGAUGAUUAUCAGACAGAAGAUACAACAAUUGUUGAAGAUGAGCAAUAUCCUACCGAAUCAACAGAAGAAGCAAGAAUUCAAAGAAAAAUCUACAUCAAUGAACAAAUCAAUGAUUCGAUCAAUGUAGUCGAGACGCAUUUUGCCACAAUUCUUGCCACAAGUGAUGAGAAGGAUCGAAAGAAAACUCGACGACUUUUUUUGCCAGCCGCCUUCACCGAAGAAACUUUUGAUGAAUUUGUUGUUAACGUGAGUGGGAAUUUUACACAUAUAAAACGAGAAAAAUAAUGAUAUCUUUUAGCAAUUAUACGCAGUGUUCAAGCCAGCGAUGUUGACACGACAUUAUGAUGCAAAUGGACUUGGUUUGGGAAGCGGAUCGAUUAUUGUAGAUUUUGAUAAGGAAAAUGCGGUUGCGGAAUAUGCGAAAAAUCGAUCAUGGAAAGGUGAGAGAGAGAAAAAAUGUACUGUUUCUAAAAAUGUUUCGAAAUUACGGGCCUAUGCAGAAUAAAAUUUUGUAAUUCAAAAAAACAUAUUUUUCCUAUGCAGAACAAGUUGGAAAAAACCUACAGUUUAUUAUUUUUGAACAACGUAAAAUUGAGAGAGUGCAGACAGAGAAAUUGAUUUUUCGCACAAAAAAUACAAAAAACUAAUUUUUCUGUCUGCACUCUCUCAACUCCACAUUGUCUCUACUUAAAAAUACAAAAAUGUAUAUUUCGUUUUUUCGACGUUUUUCUGCAUAGGAAAAAUAUGUUUUUUUUUAAAUUACAAAAUAUUAUUUUAGAAAAAAAUUUAAGUGCAAAUUUAGUUGAAAAUACUCACUGUUUCAACCAAAAACCUAAAUUUUUCGAAGUUUCAAAUUGGUUGAUUUUUCUGAAUUUUUAAUUUCAAAUCAGUAGCAAUUAAACAUCUGAAAAAAUGAUAAAAUUAUUUGAAGAUGUCUCAAUUUUUCCACGAAGAAAAAACUAUUCACUCUCCAAAAAUUUCCAGCACAACGUCUCAUCCGCUUGUUAUCAACACAUCUUCAAAAAGACGUGAACAAUAUCAAAAUCUACAUGUUCGCCUUCAAUUCUUAUAUAGUUCCCGAAAAAUUCUGCAAUGAUCUCGUAAAUCAUUUUGGUGCCAGAAACAUUCAACCAUUUUUCAACAAAAAUAAGAAAUUUAUUAGUUGUGUUUGUGAAAUGGGUUAUGUCAGUGCUAGACGCUUCAUGAUGGAUCGAAAAUAUAAGAGCAACGGUGAGUGAUUUAAAGGAACACCAAAAGCUAAUAGUCACUCUAGCGUAUCAGAAAAAACACUUCAGAACUCGAAAUAAUCAAUGUCAAUUUACAAAUGUUCGCAACAAGUAAAAAAAAAUUUGCAAAAAUGGUGAAGUUUGCGCCAAAAUAAAAAAAUGGGAAAAAAACCGUUUGAAUUCCCUCCUCAGAGGACUCAGAGCGAAGUGUGCAAACACCGUCACGGCAGAAUGCACACAAAAAAAUUAUUUUUUUUAUUUUUUUGUUUUUUCGGGAGUUUUCGCUUGUUUUUCACUUUUCAACGAUGAAUUCAUAUAUUUUUCAGUAAAUUGAUGUUGGCAAUUCUUCUCCCAACUGUCUCGAUCAUGUUUUCGACGGAGGAAUGCGAAAAUUCGUCGAUUUUCGGGCAAAAAGUGAGUAUUUUGAGAAAUUACAGAUUAUUCUCAAAAAUCACUGUUUUCCAGGCCCGACAAUGUGAAAAAUGCAUAAAAACUGCUGGAAAAUCCAAGAAAACCGUAGAAGUAGAAGAAAGACUCUGUGAAUAGUCAUGAAUCAAGGCGAAUUGGAGAGAUCUGAUGAAUUUUCAUGAUUUCAAGCCGGUUUCGAUCAAAAGUCGUCCAUUUUGCAAACCAAACUCACCAAAAACACUUCUUCCUCGACGAUUCUGCUCAUCAAUGUUCUGAUAGCAAUUACUAUAUACAUUUACUCUUUUAAAAUCUGUUUUCUGUCAUUUUUCAAUAAAAUUUGAUGAAAACCGGUUUAUUUGUUUAAAAAAACGAAUUUAUCAGAACUCCGACCAUUCAAAAACAACUGUAGGCGCUCGAAAUUCGUGGAUGUCAUAUUUAUUUCGAAUAUCAUCAGGAUGUGUUGGAGAAACGAUCAAAAUCCGCGAUUGCAGGUUGAAAACGCAGAUUCCGACCAAAUUCACUUAUUUCGCCACGAAUGUUCUUCGAAUCUGCAAUCAAUACGUUUUGUUGAUAAGCAGAAUAUCGAAUUUACUACUUAAAGUCGUCAUUUACUAUGAGAAACAAAGAAAAAAUGGAAAAACGCAAAAAAUAUUUUUCGAAAACAAAAAAACAAAAAGAAAACGACAUUCCGCUCGCCUGGUGUUUAGCGCAAAAGGCGUGGCAAUUUGAUUUUGAGUUUUUUCAUUUUUCCACAGAAAAAUAUUUUUUCCUCUAAAAGUUCAGAAGAAUUUUUUCAUCGAAAAGUGAGUAUAGGGAAUGAAAGUAGGAGUAUUAAAGUGUCUGUUUUGGUAUGCGCGGCUUCACCUAGCGAUGUUGACCUUUUAGUUUUUGGUGUUCCUUUAAAUUUAAAAAAACAAUUUUCUUGAAAAAAAAUUCGAAUUUGAAUUUAGGCCAAGAAAUACAUCUUCAAGCAUACCAAAUCGAUCCAAACUAA